AUGAAGAACGAGGAACUGUUCGCUUUGGCCAAAUCCAAGAAGUUGUUUGCGAUGGAAGCACUAUGGUCACGAUUUCUACCCUCGUACGAGUUCGCCUUCCAAGAGCUGGCAAAGGGCACAAUCGGUGAUGUCCUACACGUGACGGCAAACCUGGGCUUUCCCAACGCCGAUGUCAUACGUGUGGCGACCAAAGAGUUGGGCGGCGGGACUGUACUCGACGUCGGCGUCUAUGCCAUCAAUAUUGUGGAGCAGGUGUUCGGCGGAGAAGUGCCCGAAAAGGUUGAGGCCGUCGGACAUCUCAACAAAAACGGUGUCGACUUUGACUUCGCGGCCGCUCUUCAGUAUAAGAACCAGAAGACGGCAUCCAUUUCCUGCCACUCUAUGCUUACCCUCGAGAAUGAGGCCACUAUUGUUGGCACUAAGGGUAUUAUCAAGGGCACAAUCGGUGAUGUCCUACACGUGACGGCAAACCUCGGCUUUCCCAACGCCGAUGUCAUACGUGUGGCGACCAAAGAGUUGGGCGGCGGGACUGUACUCGACGUCGGCGUCUAUGCCAUCAAUAUUGUGGAGCAGGUGUUCGGCGGAGAAGUGCCCGAAAAGGUUGAGGCGAUCGGACAUCUCAACAAAAACGGUGUCGACUUUGACUUCGCGGCCGCUCUUCAGUACAAGAACCAGAAGACGGCAUCCAUUUCCUGCCACUCUAUGCUUACCCUCGAGAAUGAGGCCACUAUUGUUGGCACUAAGGGUAUCAUCAAGUUGGGCGCCAACUUUCACGCGUGUCAGAAGGUGUAUGUGAACGAUGCGGUACAUGAGUUCGCAUUCCCGGACCCAAUAGUGCCCACAGUGUACGGCAGUACAGGCCUGUGCUAUGAGGCGAAUGAAGUGCGAAAGUGCCUCAAAGCGGGUCAAUUGGAGAGCAGUGUUAUGUCACGCGAGGCGUCGCUUACUAUUAGCCGCAUUCAGGACGCGAUCCGCAAACAAAUCGGUGUCGUCUAUGACGUCGACCCACCCCUACAA